UUUUACCUGUCUCUUCCGUGUCCAAUCAUUCUUUCUUUUAGAGAGAUAGAUAAUAAGACGAAAUCAAGAGUUCGACUUUUAGUUGUGGGAUUGACAAGCUGUUCUUUUACGGUUGAGAAAGACACCGCCAUAAUUGUGGUAGUUGGUGCUCUGUGUGUGUAUUUGUGUGGGUGUGAGAGAGAGAGACAGAGACAGAGAGAGAGAGAGAGAGAGGGGUGGAAAAUAGCAGGAAGGAGAAGAAGAAGACGAUCUAAUGGUGAAAAAGAUUUUCUCAUCGGUACCCUGUUUCUUCCCAGGUUUUGGUAUUUAAACAACAUCAGGCUUGUUGGAUAUCUUGUUCGUACAUAUCUUCUCUUUGUUUCCUAGACUUCUAGCAAGUUAAAGGUAGAGUUUGAAAAGGUUGAUCUUUGAUGAUUCGAUAAGCCAAAUAUCAGGUGAAAAAUGAGUACUCCACCAACCACAAAAGUCCGACUGGUUAGAUGUCCUAGAUGCCAACAGGUUCUAGCAGAGUUGCCAGAUGUUCCUCUAUACAAGUGUGGAGGAUGUGGUACAGUUCUCCAAGCUAAAAAUUGGAAAAAUGAAUCUAAUGAUGCAAAUGUACGCUUACAAGAAAGAGAUGCUGUUGUCAAAACCGAGCAGGAUCGUGUUUCAGGAGAGAAGGAAGAGGCUGGCUCUAAUCAAGAUUUAACUCCUCCCUUGAGUGGAGGAUCCUCGACAGAAAAUGACAACGCGGGAGAUUACGGUGGACAUGACAAAAACUUCUCUGAUAAGAUUUCUAGUCAGCCCGAGGUUAACUGUUUUGAGAGAAAAGAUUCAUCUGCUGAGACAAGAAAAUCUUUGGAUGAAGAUGAAUGUCCUUUGGAGCAAAAUACCGGCAGAUUAGAUUCCAGGUUUCUGCAGGAUUACAAUAGGAAAUGGAGUAGAGGCAGAAACUUAUCUGAUGAAUCUCCUAGUUCAAACAAGUUUAAUUGUCAUAUGGUUGAUGGAUCGACCCAAGAAGUUAGAGAAUGCAUGGCAUGGAAUGACACGAUUCCUUUGGACAAAUGCCAUGGAAGGCAUCCAAUGGAAGUUGGAGAAAAUAUCGAGGGGAUCAAAAGUCAAUAUAUUGUACCAGAAAAUGAUGUAAAGAUUUCGAACAUUUCAAAAAGUCUCAAAACUUCAUCACGUCCAACUGGACCAACUACUGACCCCAAUGAGAAUAUCAAGAUUCAUCCAAACUUUAGAAGCUUGAGCAAGGAAAGCAGUUUGAACACGCAUACUGGAGAUCUAUUUGUUGCUGCUGAAAGCCCCUUGAACGAUAGCGUUGUGUCAGUCGAUUUCAUCACUUCAGAUGGUGAACACAUGGAGCAUUCCUGGAGUCCUGAAACUAUUGGCAGAGCAAGUUCGGUAGAUACUUUGGGAAGCUUGCCUCUUGUUGAUCCUAUUAAUGAUCUUAGCGAUAAACGUGAGGAUAUGUAUAAAUCUCCUACAAUCAGAAGUUACUAUGCUUAUGAUGGUAGUGUAUCAUCUUAUGAUGGAACGGAUGAUCAAAUUCCCAACCAUAUUUUACAACCAUCCAGAAGAAAGUUUGAGUUGCCUGAAACAAAAAGAUACGAUCACACCAGUGAAAACAGGACAAGAUUUGAUAAAGAAAGUUUUUCUCGAUCACCAUUCAGUCCCAGUGAUUUCAUGGAAAGUCAUGGAAAUGGAAAACCUCUGAGUUAUCAGCACAAUCUUUUUGAGCACCAUCCGAACUUUUAUUCACCAGGUGAGCCUUCUAACUCAGAACCAGACAAAAUGGACUUGUUGAGAAUGGUCUAUGAACUCGAAGAUCAGCUUAACAGGAUGCGUUUUUCAAGUGAUAUGACAAACAGAGGGUUUCCGUCUAUCAUGGAUGAAAAGUAUACUCCGCUGUAUGAUGAUCAUUUAGUACCAGAAAGGGAGAUGCAUGCAGAUUUGAACCAUCCUAGGUAUCAUAUGAGACACAGUCAAGUACAAUGUUGGCCUGGACAAUGCAGUGCCUCAAGAAUGCCACAUUCCGUGGACGCCGCACAUUGCAGUCGCCAAGUCAACUGCUCUUGUGUGCAUUGUUGCUCACCACAGUUUCCUUCACAUUCAAUGUGUUGUGACAGUGUUCAGUCUCAUGCCUCGAGUUCCUCGACUCCCCAGCGUUACAUGAGCUCUGAGGCUUCCUUAUUGGAUGACGAGAUGAAAAUGUCAUAUUCGAGGGAGAAAUAUCAGGCAGCAAAGAGAUAUAUCCGGCCUAUAGCUGGUGGAGCUCCAUUUGUGAAUUGUUAUCAUUGCUUGGAAUUGUUGCAGCUACCAGCAGACUUUCUCUUAUCCAAGAAAAAAUAUCAGCGACUGAGAUGCAAUGCUUGUCGGGAAGUUCUUAAAUUCUCACUUCAGGAAGGAACGACUAUAGUUCAAUACAUUUCUGAUGGUUUUGCCCCUCCACCAAGCGAAGCAUACAAAUAAAAUGACACCACCAGUAAGAGAAAUCUCAUACCAAACUCUCGUUCUGCUAUUCUCUUCUAAGGAUAUUCUUAACAUCCGGAUAUUCUUAUCAGAAAUUGUGCGGCAAACUAUAACUAUCCACCAAGAAGAUUUAUUUUGAUGCCUUGAAUUGGUUGUUUGUUGUGUAUAACAACAGCACAAUAAUUUUUUCUGAUAUUAAUGUCACUUUUCCACUACAAUUUAAACUCUAAACUAUAAACACAUUAUAAAUUACCAUUUCUUUUCC